AUGGCAGCAGUAAAGACAGAGGUGCACAGAGGGCCACAGCGGCUCGAGACGCUCCCGUACGGCGUUCAAUAUCGCCGCCGCUCUGGUCUGGCGUUCCCAAUCGUCGUUGCUCCGGUCCGGCGUUCCCUAUUGCCGCCGCUCCAGUCCGGCGUUCCCUAUUGCCGCCGCUCCAGUCCGGCGUUCCCUAUCGCCGCCGCUCCAGUCCGGCGUUCCCUAUCGCCGCCGCUCCAGUCCGGCGUUCCCUAUCGCCGCCGCUCCAGUCCGGCGUUCCCUAUCGCCGCCGCUCCGGCCUGCUGUUCCCUAAUGCCGUUCCAUGGAGUCAUUAAGCCUGUGAGAAAGAGACAUGGCCGACUCCACAUGAAUGUGAGUCGGGAAGAGCUGGCACCGACAUCAGCCUCGAGCGGCGAGGCACAAACAGGACUUCACAGAUUCUGGCCUCGAAAAAAACAAAAGCGAACCCAACGCCAUUCCAAGGGCUACAGCGGGAAGCGAACCCAACACCAUUCCAAGGGCUACAGCAGGAAGCAAACCCAACGCCAUUCCAAGGGCUACAGCGGGAAGCGAACCCAACACCAUUCCAAGGGCUACAGCAGGAAGCGAACCCAACGCCAUUCCAAGGGCUACAGCGGGAAGCGAACCCAACACCAUUCCAAGGGCUACAGCGGGAGGCGAACCCAGCGCCAUUCCAAGGGCUACAGCAGGACGCCAAGAGGUUCGGUGUAA